CAUUAACCAAAGUAGUAUAUAUAAAAAACUUCCACAACCUAGUAAAAUCCGAAGCUAUAUCCAAAUCUCUAGGAUCUAGAGAGACAUGGCACAAAAUGAGAAUGAUGAUAGUGUAAUUACUGAAAAUGGUUUUGAUGAAUUUGGUCACAAAAAUGAUUAUGAUGAACAAAAAAAAGUUGAGCAAAAUGGUAGUUUUGUUCAUAAGAAAGAAGAAGAAGAAGCUGCUUCAGUUGAGAAAGUGUUUAAGCACUUAUUGGUUCCAUCAUGGAGGAAUCAAUUAACUAUAAGAGCUUUUGUGGUUAGUUUUUUUCUUAGUAUAUUGUUCAGUUUCAUUGUGAUGAAACUUAACCUCACAACUGGGAUUAUACCUUCACUCAAUGUAUCUGCUGGUCUUUUGGGUUUCUUCUUUGUGAAAACUUGGACUAAGUUUUUGGAGAAAUCUGAUAUGUUGAAACAACCUUUUACAAGACAAGAGAAUACUGUUAUUCAGACUUGUGUUGUUGCUUCCUCUGGCAUAGCCUUCAGUGGAGGAUUUGGGAGUUACCUCUUUGGAAUGAGUGAACAUGUUGCAAAGCAAUCCUCAGACACUAGUGAUUUUAAAGACCCCAAAUUGGUUUGGAUAAUUGCUUUUCUGUUUGUUGUUAGCUUUUUGGGGCUCUUCUCUGUUGUACCUCUUCGAAAGAUUAUGGUUAUUGACUUCAAAUUGACAUAUCCAAGUGGUACUGCAACUGCUCAUCUCAUCAACAGCUUCCACACUCCUCAAGGAGCCAAAUUAGCAAAGAAGCAAGUGAAAGUGUUGGGAAAAUUCUUCAGUUUGAGUUUCUUAUGGGGUUUCUUUCAAUGGUUCUAUACAGCUUCUGAUGGAUGUGGAUUUCAAGCCUUCCCUUCACUAGGGCUCAAAGCAUAUGACAACAGGUUUUAUUUUGAUUUUUCAACACUCUAUAUUGGUGUGGGAAUGAUUUGUCCAUAUAUCAUAAAUAUAUCAGUGCUCCUUGGAGGAAUUCUUUCUUGGGGAGUAAUGUGGCCUCUCAUAGAAACCAGAGAGGGUCAUUGGUACAAAGCAGGCCUUGGUGAUGCCAGCCUUGAAGGCAUCCAAGGUUAUAGGGUAUUUAUAGCCAUAGCAAUGAUCCUUGGAGAUGGUUUAUACAACUUUCUUAAGGUGCUAAGUCAUACCUUAUGGGGUUUGUAUAAUCAAAUCCGGAACAAACGAAGAGAUAAUGUUCUACCUGUUGGUGCCGAUCAAGAUUCUUCUUCUUCGAGUCCCGAGCUAUCUUACGACGAUCAGCGCCGGAAGCAACUCUUUCUUAAAGAUCAGAUUCCUACAUGGUUUGCAGUUGGAGGAUAUGUAGCUAUUGCUGCAAUUUCUACAGCUACUUUGCCACACAUUUUCCCUCAACUAAAAUGGUAUUACAUACUUGUUAUAUACCUAAUUGCUCCAACCUUAGCAUUUUGCAAUGCUUAUGGUUGUGGACUAACAGAUUGGUCCCUAGCAUCAACCUAUGGUAAACUCGCCAUUUUCACAAUAGGAGCAUGGGCCGGUGCAUCGCACGGUGGAGUUUUAGCUAGUCUAGCAGCCUGUGGAGUCAUGAUGAACAUUGUUUCCACGGCUUCCGAUCUUAUGCAGGAUUUCAAGACCGGUUACCUUACCCUGGCUUCGCCGCGCUCCAUGUUCGUGAGCCAAAUAAUCGGAACAACAAUGGGAUGUGUGAUUUCUCCUUGUGUCUUUUGGAUCUUCUACAAAGCUUUUCCCGAUUUAGGGACACGUAAAAGUCAAUAUCCGGCCCCAUAUGCAAUCGUUUACCGCAACAUGGCGAUACUUGGAGUACAAGGCUUCGGUUCGUUACCAGAUAAUUGCCUUUUGCUUUGUUAUAUAUUCUUUGGUGCUGCUAUUGUGGUAAACUUGACUAAAGAUUUGAUUGGUAAGGUAGGAAGGUUCAUACCACUUCCAAUGGCUAUGGCAAUACCUUUCUAUUUAGGACCUUACUUUGCUAUUGACAUGUGUGUUGGAAGUUUGAUAUUGUUUAUUUGGGAAAAGAUCAAUAAGGCAAAGGCUGAUGCUUUUGCACCUGCUGUUGCUUCUGGUUUGAUAUGUGGUGAUGGAAUAUGGACACUUCCUGCUUCAAUUCUUGCUCUUUUUGGAGUUAAGCCACCCAUUUGCAUGAAGUUCUUGUCAAGGGCUACAAAUAGUAGGGUUGAUACUUUCUUAGGAAAUUAAAUGUCAAGUUUGAAUUGGACUUGGCAUCUUGUAUGAAAGUAUGAAAGUUUUUUUAUGCUUUGUAAAUCUGUCAAAUAUUACUUUAAGUUUGAUAUUCUAGACCUUCAGUAGUCACAUAGAUACAUCAUAGCAAAGAAAAUUUAUUAUUGGUGUUGUAUGUUUAUAUCAUAUGUUUCAAAGAAAUAUGAUUGCAUUGAGUUUCUAAAACAU